AUGAGUCCAGGUUUCACUCUGAAGCUCAGCCCAUGGCAGAAUUCCGCCGAUACGGCGGGGGCGCUGCACUACGAUCCUAACAGGCACCAGGAAGUGCAGCCAGGGACCUCCUAUAUACUUCCGUUCUUAGCCGCACCUCUUUCUUUCGGUGCUGAUAGCACUCCUGCGAACAUGGUGAACGUCCCUAAAACUCGCCGGACUUUCUGUAAGAAGUGCGGCAAGCACCAGCCCCACAAAGUGACCCAGUACAAGAAGGGAAAGGACUCUCUGUAUGCCCAAGGAAAGCGGCGUUAUGACAGAAAGCAGAGUGGCUACGGUGGGCAGACUAAGCCUAUAUUCCGGAAAAAGGCUAAAACUACAAAGAAGAUUGUGCUGAGGCUUGAGUGUGUUGAGCCCAACUGCAGAUCUAAGAGAAUGCUGGCUAUUAAGAGAUGCAAGCAUUUUGAACUGGGAGGAGAUAAGAAGAGAAAGGGCCAAGUGAUCCAGUUCUGAGCCAAUUUUGCUAUGAAGACAAUAAAAUGUGAUUAUGUUCACUUGA